AUGUUGAUUGAUCUUGAUGACACAAACCAAGAAAUGAACCUCCAUGAUUCAAUACUGAUACUCUUCGUCCUAAACGGGCUGAUAUCGUUUGUCUCGUCCGAAGGAUGGGGUAUUGAAGCGCUGAAGGGCUCCCAUGCAACAGCCAAUUUUAGAAACCUACAGCAGCCAUUGUCACUCCUUGUUCGAGGUGGUGCCGAAGAUGAUAAUGAUGAAGAAAGAUAUAGUCGACAAGUGUACACACUUGGGGCACGGGCUCAUGGAAUGGUUCGGUCUUCGACUGUAUAUGUCGAUGGGCCAAGUGACUCUGGAUUGCUAUACGAAUGCGUGAAGAAUUUGGCGCUAUCAGGUGUUGGCAAGAUUGUCUUGGUUACUUCUGACGAAACUAUGGACGCAGCGUAUCAUUCUACCGACAUGGAUGACCUCGGAAGAACCUACAUUUCUGGUGCCCGUGCAGAAUUGGGCCUGAGUGGUCAUGGAUCAUCUGUAUCAUCAGACUCAAUAUUUGUCGAGUUUCUUCGCCGGUUGAAUCCAUCACUCCAUGUCGGGUCAGUUGCUCGGAGUGAGCUACAAGAAAUAAGUGGCGGUCGCAGUGACAUUUUGCUCUGCGUGGAUAGGCCAUAUUCUACUCAGGUCUCUCUGAAUGAAGUCGCAAGAAAGAGCUCAUUUUCAUUUGUUGCUGUUGAAACUGCUGGCGUCUAUGGUCGAACCUUCUGCGAUUUUGGAAAUUGCUUUGAAAUCCACGACAUUGAUGGAGAGACUCCUCUGUCAAUACCGCUUGACCGCGUGGAGAGAAUCGACGGAGUAGAGAAGAAGAUGAAAGUACGAUGUAUCAGUGGGGAAAGGCACGAUGUAUCGAGGGGAGACGUGGUCAGUUUUUUGCUUGAAGGUGGCGAGGCUCUAGAUGUUACUUGCAAAGUUGUCCAAGUUUAUAAUCCAGAGCUUGUCUCCGUUGAAUUUGAUGUAGAUGAUGAUGAAAUUGAUUCUAUUGUUGUAAGACUGAACGAAGCGGGGAGAAGCUUCUCACGGAUAAAGCAAUUGCAAGAAGUCUCCUUUGUUCCCCUUCAAGAAGCUAUAAACGACCAAUCUGGAAGCCUUUUCACUCCUUGUGACCUUGACAAGAGUUUUGACGAGAGUAGAAGGAUGGGAAUAUUUAACUCUUUCCAAGCCUUGAACACCUUUGUAAAGGAAAACGAUCGAUUGCCUCGCAAACUGGAUUGGAACGAGUUUUAUGGCAUUGUGAAGGGAGCAACUGCUUCGUCAGAAGAUGUCAAGGAAUGGAAACGUCACUGCAAACAAUUUAUGAGAACUUGUGCUGGAAAAUUUACCCCUAUCCAAGCAAUUUUUGGGGCUGUCGCUGCGCAAGAAUGCUUGAAGGCUGCUAGUGGUCUCUAUAACCCAAUCCGCCAAUUUCUGAUUUACGAUUGCGAUGAAGUGCUACCGCCAACCAAGAAGAAACAAAUGGAAGAGACAUGCAGUUCUGGUCUGGAAUACAUUUUGGGAAGUAAAGUUGGAGAUGCUGUAAAGAAUCAAAAUUUGUUUGUUGUCGGUGCAGGUGCUAUUGGUUGCGAAAUCCUGAAGAAUCUUGCAGCGAUGGACGCGGGGACGGGAUCAAAGGGCUCAAUCAUUGUUACAGAUAUGGAUACCAUCGAGAAGUCAAACUUAAGCAGGCAGCUGCUGUUCCGUGAUAUGGACAUUGGGAAAUUCAAGAGUCAAGCAGCGAAAGAGGCAGUUCGUCGUCUGAACGAUGGCGUCAAGAUUGAAUGUCACACAAGCAAGGUAGGCGACGGCGAAGAGAGCACUCCGUUUGAUGACGAGUUUUGGUCAAAGAAGGUCGGUGUUGUUAUGAACGCACUGGAUAAUGUUGAAGCCCGAUUGUUCAUGGAUGGGCAGUGCGUUGCGAAUGAGAAGCCACUUGUCGAUGCCGGGACACUGGGUUCAAAGGGCAAUGUUCAAGUUGUUGUUCCACAUCAAAGUGAAUCCUAUGGAAGCUCCGCUGACCCACCGGAGCCAGCAAUUCCUGUUUGCACGCUGAAAAACUUCCCUUACCAAAUAUCUCAUACUAUUCAAUGGGGAAGAGAUUUGUUUGACGGAUUGUUUGUUCGUCGUCCUAAGCAGGCAAAUCAAUACGCUUCAUUGUAUUCUGAACUCGGAUGGGAAGAAAUCGCUGAAAGAUUGGAAAGUGAGUUAGGGGAAGCCGCUGCGAUUGAUGCAGCAAAAGAACUUCGCCAAGACUUGGCUAAACCAAAUGGUAACGACAAUGUGUCGCUGAAGGAAGCAAGCAUCGUAUGGGCAAUAGAGCUCGCAAACGACCUCUUCUACGAUGUAACAAAGAAACUUCUCGCUCAACAUCCAGAGGACAGUGUGGACGAAGAUGGCGAACCAUUCUGGUCGGGAUCUAGGAAAACGCCCAAGUUGAUUUGGUUCUCUUCUGAAAACGAAUCGGAGAGCCAGCAAUCUCUUGUCAAUGAAAACUACGCAGAUUUCGUUCAUCAUGCAGCGAGGUUGCGUUUGGAAGCCCUAGUUGAAGAUCCAGCUUCAGUGAAAGACUGCUUAAUCACAAAAGAGGACGCUGUCGAGGCUCUGAGGAAGUAUAGCUUGCGGGAUCCAGAUGCUAGAAGCGAAGCCGAGUCACCCCAAGUGCAAAUUCGACGACGCUUGGAAUCGUUGGGAGAUAAUGUUUGGUCCGAGAGGCCUCAAAACGUUGCUGAAUUCGAGAAAGACGACGAUUCAAACGGUCACAUCGCAUUCAUCACUGCUGCAAGUAAUCUUCGUGCCAUGUGCUACGGAAUUGCACCAGCUGAUGCGAUGGAAACCAGAAGGAUUGCUGGCAAGAUUGUCCCUGCGAUGAUAACCACAACGGCCUUGGUCUCGGCACUUUCUUGCAUCGAAAUGGUGAAGGUGGUCCAAGGGCUACCAUUGCAACGAUAUCGCAACGCCUUUAUCAAUCUAGCACUGCCCUUCUUUGCUUUCACAGCGCCUCUACCUACCGAAGAGCUACCAGGAUUGAGAGGCAGCACCUACACUAUGUGGGAUCGUUUGACCGUGAAGGAAGGAAAGAAAACAGCAGAACGAGGAGGAAUAACUGUUCGCCAAUUCCUGAAGCGUCUCAAGAAGAAGGCUUCCGACAACCCUGAUGAACUGGACAUUUCGACUGUCACAUUCGGUGAGUUCAUGAUUUAUGCGAACUUUUUGAAUGAAGAUGACGACGAUUUGCUGGACAAGAAACUAUGGGAUGUCGUACAAGGGGCUCUUGAAAGUGCCGCUGAGUUUGAAAAAGAAUACUCCAGAGACGGCGGCGAUGAAUCAAAAGCCACUACCGUUGAAGCAGCCAGGUUUUUGGACUUCACUGUCGCAGUCGAAGAUCUGGAAAAUGGUGAAGAAGUCGAACUUCCACCAGUUCGAGUUAUACGGUCAUAA